AUGACUACUGGAAUAGCUGAAUACCAGCUAUUGGAGAACGCGCUCGACAGCUCCAGUACCUUCACGGAAGUCAACAGCGCCGUUGUCGAUGACGUCGCGAUGAGGGCAUCGCCGAAAUUUGAGGGCAGAUCGUUCUCGUUCCAGCACCCUCACUUUAUGCCCUCCUUUAUUCUGUACUCGGAAACUCCACCCCUACCUGGCUAUUGGUUCAGUCGGAUGGACAUCCCCAAUUCAGCAACAUUCCGUCACCGUGCUCUACACGAAGAAGAGAGAUGUGCCGGUACAGCCUCUAAAAUGGAGGUGGAUGAAGAGAAGUCGCUUAUAUCUUCUGGCGAAUUAGCCAUUGGUGCUGUGAAUAGAGAGGCGUCGUUCAUCCCUUCGGAGGAGCCUGCGUCGUCAACUAACACAGAGCCACAUGUACAAGACGAGAAAGACAAAGCAACGCCAUUAAUUGGAUUCGACGUUAUUGAUACCUUCUCAUCCGGUCGGGUCUCGACUUGGUCUAGUUUACGCCGAGGGCUGUUUUCCCCCCCACACGAGUCGACUCGCGUGUUCUUUAGAAAAACUCAUAGGAGAAAAGGCGCAGGCCCUGAUCUACGGGGCAGUGCGCGUACGCCUGGAAAGGAGUUUGAUCAACCCUCAUCCGAGCCACGCACGCAGCAGGCUACAGUUUCCUUUGAUAGUGUAACGCUUUCGCAAAAUUUUCAGCAGGGCCCAGAGUUCUACUCUCGAUUCUCCUACAGCCAGCAAUUCCGCCUCGUGAAAAUGGAAACUAGGCCAUUGAGGAGCGAUAGCGAUCUCAAUUCGAAGAACGCCGAGACAAACAAUGGUAAAGACGCACUCUCACCGGCAGGGAAUGCAUCCGACCGGGACGGCUUCAUCUUCCCUUCAAGGGGUGUUUUUCCGUCAUGGGAAGGACUCGGCGAGCUUCUUCAUCAAGUUGUUCCAACUGACCGCUCUUCUCAAGCUCAGCAUGAAGGUGCAUCUUACCUUUCUCGUUUGUCUUCUGCACGAUCUUCGAAGAAACCUUCAGGUAGCCAGCUUGGGGCCUGUGCACUGACGAAGUUUCCGUCCUGGCAUGGACUGGAUAACGGUGUUCAAGUCCUGAAGGAACUGGGCGACGGGCAUACUGCCAUGGGUUACAACUUCCUCUAUAGAGAUGAUGCGGAGGGUCAGUCCCCCCCUGCAGCUAUCUCACCAACCCCAACUAUUCCAGAUUGGAGAGGAUCCAUUCACUCUUCGCAUAAUUCUCUGAGUCAUGGCGAUUUCCCCGUACAUCAUGCUGAAGUUACAGGCGAGUUUCCUGGUCAAAUUGUAACUCCAACGUUGCAGCAGCCUGGUGUACAUCUCAUUGCGGAUGAAGACUGCUGUUGUCUCCGGGGACCCCAUGCCAUUGACUAUGAGGCCGAUAACAAUAGCAACGAUGCUGACGCGCCCAACGCGGUGCCAGUGCACACUCCAGUGCCGAUGGAAUAUCAAGCUUCACUUGCGGCAAUUAACAACGACACCCCGGACAAUCGCCAUAGAUAUGUUCCGGAGGCAGAGCUAGUGGAUGACCUGUGGGAUGACCGAGAAAGGCGGCGCAAGAUCAGGCUUGGAAAGUGGAGGCAUGCAUCACAGAUUCCUACAGAAGAAGACGUUCUUGCAGAGCCUGAUUCGUACCCAUUCACGGAGGAAAUUGACCGGAUAUUGACUCCGCACAUCCACGUUCUUUCUGCGCUUCUCAACAGUCCUGAAGAAGUUGAUUCCACUAGUGUCCCUGUGCUGCAGUACCUCCGUUCAGAUGCUGGCUCCGAUGGCGCAAAGAGCGUUCAAUCACCCGGCAACAAAUCUCUGGGCAAGCCGACUAAGACGUCGGAAGUGGACUCCAGAUUUCGACAGCAUCCCGCUGUGCGUUCCGGCAUGGUACCGCAUACGGGGGAUCUUGACAUCGUAGAACAAGCUCGCAUUAACAACUGGUUCUAUCUCAAGGUCCCUGCUUCCCGAAAGCGCGACCACUUCACCCAGGUUCCGGAAUUUCGCAGCAUUGGAUCUGCUGCUGAUCAGACUGCUUUCAUUCUGUCACAAGCAUGGGCAUACCAAGUAGCAAUGGCCCAUGGUCCACACGAAGCCAAAGAUGUUGAUCAAGAGGCACUGGAGCUUCUUGAAGGACGAAUGUUUGAGAUAUCACAAGCAGCAGGCAGAGCAGGAUACUACCAGUGGGGACUGGACGCAGGGCAUCAUCAAGAUGACUGGGAGCCGUACAAGGACUUGCGCUCUAUGUGGAACCAUUAUGACGCCGAGUUCAGUGAGUCGGAAUUGCAGACAGGCCCUGAAUACACCGCGUUCGAAGCCCCUCCACCUCCUGCGGAGGCGAUGUCACUCAUUCCUGCUAAGCGGCGCCCGGUUCCUGUACCAGCGUACAGAGGGGCAAAGGCUGCGAAGAAGAGGAGAUAG